AAUCAGCGCUGAGAUUAUUAAACUUGUAUAUUGAUGUUUCACAUUCCGGUUUGAAAAGAUGUCGCUGAGUCGGGGUAUCGGAAGUGUCGAGUACAUGAAAAAGAAGAUACCGACAAACGCAAAGUAUGAACACGUCAAAACUAAGCUGGACACAGGAUGCAGUCUUACAAAGUUGUUGGAGAAACAGGAAGAGGAUAAAAAAUAUUGCAGGUACCGAAAAGAUGACAUCUUUAAACGGCUAAAAGUGACAACAUUUGCACAAUUAAUACUUCAGGUAGCCUCUGUUUCAGAGCUCAGCGAGAAUGAUGGUGAAUCACAUGGUCCAGAAGAUGGUCUGUCUGUGGUGUCUGAUGUGGACCUGGAGUGUUUGUCUGAUCGUACCCCCAGCUCCCCACAGAUGUCGCCACUGUCAGAUCAUCAGGAUGCAGGAGACACCAAGGAAAUCUCUUCUGCCAGGUCAACACUUCUGAGUGUCAUCAGCGGUGUAGGAGAGCUGAACAUUGACAGGGACAAUCAGAAGAUGGUGAAUGAGUCCGUCCCUGAGGCGACUGGCCGGCCCUACCCCGACUGCCCCUACCUGCUGCUGGACGUACGGGACCGUGAGCAGUACGACCGCUGCCACAUCAUCAGUGCACACAAUUUUCCCAUCGCCAUGUUGACUCGGACAAUGAACCCCUACACCAAAGAAGUGCUGGAAUAUACUUUAACCAUCAAACUGCAGAAAAAUGCAGCAGGGAAGAUCAUCAUUGUAUAUGAUGAGGAUGAAAGGAUAGCCAGCCAGGCAGCUAACACCAUGUGCCAACGAGGAUUUGAGAAUGUGUACAUGCUGUGUGGAGGUCUUAAGAUAAUCGCUCAUAAAUUUCCAAGUGGAAUGACAACGGGCUCCAUCCCUACCUCCUGCCUGCCCAGCACCACAUCAGUGAAAGGGAGGAAAUGCUCUGCACCUCAACAUCCAGCACAGGCAGCAGAGAAGAGGUGGCGGUUUACAUCAGAUGAGCUUGCCAAGAUCCAGGAGCACAUGGAGGAAAUACUCAUCCCCAGUAGCUCCAACAGUCGAAUGAGCAGCCGGAUGUCAACCAGCAGCUCGCACUCUAAAGCGUCCAGUCGUCGGAGUUCUGGGAGAGGCAGCGGCAGGGUUCAGAGCAGCAGAGCCUGGAAAUAACCCCCACCCUCCCUCAACCACACUGAUAUACACAAACAUACCUCCAACACAAAGUCCAUUUAUUUCAGGUUACUUCCGUCCAGCUCCAUUUGUGUAAAGAAACAACUCUGGCUGCAAAAUACAGUCAAAGGUGGACAAGAAAGACCAGAACUAUUUAAUUGCAGCUUAACUACUAUUUACUUUCUGGUGCCUCUUACCAUCUUUUAUUCCAGAAUGUCCUCUGAAUGUUGAAAGUGGCUUAUUAAAUUUAGUUUUUCAGCUCUGGAAAUUGUUCACACAUUGGGAUAGUGAUUGUCAGUACAACAACUUCUGUAUUUAAACCCGACAUCUGGACAAUGAUAUGGCAUUUACUUAUGGAGUAAGUAGUAUUUUCCUCUUGAUGUCCUUUUUAUUGUUUUAAUCAGUGAUGUACAUUUGACAGUUUGCACCGUGCCUCGUCUGUGAACCUGAGAACUGAUGGCUCUUUUUGCACUCAAUAUUCCUUGUAACACUACGAAUCUGCACAGAUAUUAGUUGUUUCUGUUGAUGACCUGUUCAAAUAUGGCAUUGCUAAAAUGAUCAUUUGAUUUCAGGAGACAGAGUACUGGAAUGUUAAUAUGACAUGAAGGACAUGCUGGGAAUCUGUACUGCCUGAGGCAUAAUGUCUUGUAGAAAUACUGUUACAGAGCUUGUUCCAUUUUGUAAAAUUCAGAAACGUUUGCUGUAUUUUUGUAAUAUGUGUGACACUGUCAUGACAGUAUACUGACAGCCUUUAGAUGCAGAAGUUUUGACAAAACUUCUGCAUCUGUGUGCGUUUGUCAAAAGAACUGUAAGUUGUUCAGACUGACUGAUUGGUUGAGGCCUUUAUACAGAAAUAUGUGCAUACAACAAAAUCACAGUGUCACUAUAGGAGAGAAAUGGGCAUUUUGUCAUACCCAGCAUUGAUUUCCUACACAUAUAUUUGAAGAGCAGUAUUGCUGAUUUGUGGCCUUCUGUUUUGUUGUUGUGCUAGUGAUUCUUGCAUGUGCUUUACCUGAAGACUUCCACACAGCUUCCAGUGAAGGGCACUUCUCUACAGCCUUUGUAGUGAAAGAUGUGUUUUCACCAUCAGUCUUAACAUCAUGCUUUUAUUUGUAAAUUAAUGUCAAAUAAAGUGUUUGCUGUAUCAGAAUGGA